AUUGGCUUGACCGGACUCAUAAGAUUGGCAGAUGCCGCCGACCAACUCAACGUCACCUCCGAAGACAUUGUUUUGAUCUCGUGCGACCCGUAUUCUGGCCUUCUCCAGCCGUCCGACGUCUUUGCGACGGCUGAGCACCACGAUGCCGCUGCCGUCGUCUUCUACUCCCAAACCGCCCAGACUUGCCACGCCGUUGAUCUAGGAAGCUACCGGUGGAUCUACACGUUCAAGAGUCAGAAUCAGUCGAUCGAGAUGUUGCAGGUCGUACAAAGUAUGGAUGGGAGCAACAGUGGAUAUGCAACCUACGGAACUAUCCUUACCAGAGAUGCUACCAACAACACCUCGAGCUCGGGGUCGGGCAAUGAUAGCAAUGCGCAACAAUCGAACCCGCUGGGGCCGUCGCCCAGCACCGCCGUGGCCAUGAUUAUUCUCUACUCCAUAACGGGAGUCAUUACCGCCCUGUUCCUUGUUAUCAUCAUUACUGGAGCGGUUCGAGCCCACAGACAUCCCGAAAGGUAUGGACCUCGCAAUGGCAUCGGCCGACCACGACAGACACGAGCGCGGGGUAUCGCGAGGGCAAUGUUGGAUUCGAUCCCGAUCGUGAAGGUGGGCAACCGGCAAGACGAUGAACCUAAGACGACCGAGGUUGAAUUGGAGAAUGGCCGACACAGUCAGGACGAUGUCCCCGAAGCGACCGCCGCCGAUAGCACUACUCGAGAAGCGAAUGCGCAGCCAGCAACGAAUGACGGUUCUGCUGAAGAGAGUGGCAUCGCCGCCGCCCUUGGCAGCAGUGAACGCCUACCUUCCGCACAGCAGGAGGAUCGUCAGGGCUGCAGUAUCUGUACAGAAGAUUUCGUGGUCGGACAAGAUCAGCGUGUGCUCCCAUGCGAUCACCGCUUCCAUCCCGAAUGCAUAGACCCAUGGCUACUGAACGUCUCCGGCACUUGCCCGUUAUGCCGAAUAGAUCUCCGACCCUCAGACGCCGACUCAGAAGAGAUUGACACAGACGAGUUCGGAAAUCCCAUCAGGCCUGAGGGAGAGCCGCUCGCGCCACCGCUGGAAGGUGCUCACCGACGCUCAAGUGUUCGUCGCAGUCUGAUCCUAGGACUCAUGGGCGUGACGCGACCAGAGCGCAUGACGCGCGAAGAGCGAAUUCGGGCUUUACGAGAAUACAGAGCACGACAUCUCGCCUCAGAACAAGCUCAGACUGACGGCGCCGCAGAGGCCGAAACCAGCAGACGUAGUCGACUAAGAAACGCUUUCCGCAUUCGAACACGA